AUGAUUUAGUCUUUGAUUAUGAAUUGUUGGAUGAGGAGAAUGCAAGUAAUGAAAAUAUUGAAGAAGUAUUGACUUUUGAUAAUAUUGAUGAAAAUGAAUAUGAAGAAGUCGAAGUUGAUAAUGUUUGGGAAUAA